AUCAACAUUUUACUCUAUCUCCUCCUAGCAUCUCUUUUGAUCACCCCAUUGGAGAUGGCCUAAGUACUCCUCUAUCAGUUAGUUUAUUGGGAUGCUCUGGCUUCCUCCGGGCAAAGCUUGUAACCUCGUGUUUUACAAGUACCUAUCUUUGCUAGUAAAAGGGUUUUUGCUGAGAAACAAUUGGAGGUGAAAUCAGGCUAUCAAUAGAGGAGGCCUGAGGAGCUCGUAAAUUUGCACUUGUACAGUUCUAGUCUUGCUCAUACAAGCUGGAGGUAAUCUUACAAGGGUUUGGUAGUCCAUUCUAGAACGAAGAAGAAAUACCUAAAAAGCACAGUGAUCUGGAAUCUUCGUUGACUGUCUCAGUCUGAACCAAAGCCAACAGCACUAGUAAAGCUAUUGUUCUGUGGUUAAUGAUGCUUAAACUAUGGCCAGGAACCUCCCUGCUCAUAUGUGGGUUGUUGUCCGAGAUAGCAGGUGCAUUUGUGGGGAUAAAUGUUGGGACUGAUGUCACGGACAUGCCAUCGGCAUCAGAUACGGUUGCACUCCUUCAAGCUCAUCAAAUAACACACGUACGGCUUUUUGAUGCCGAUGCUCGCAUGCUCAAAGCUCUAUCCCAUACUGGGAUUGAAGUCACUGUUGGUGUCACAAAUGAUGAGGUGUUACGGAUUGGCGAAUCCUCUUCAAUGGCAGCUGCUUGGGUGAACAAAAAUGUCGCGGCUUACAUCUCAUCAACUAAUAUCACAGCAAUUGCAGUGGGGAGUGAAGUCCUCACUUCAAUCCCUAACGCCGCACCUGUUUUAGUUCCAGCAUUGCAAUACCUGCAUAAAGCCCUGGUUGCAGCUGACCUAAAUGACCGAGUCAAAGUCUCGACUCCUCAAUCAAUGGAUAUUAUUAUGAAUGCCUUUCCCCCAUCCACUGCCACAUUCAAACCUUCAUGGAACUCAACGGUUCUUCAGAUCCUCCAGUUUUUGAAAAGCACGAAUUCCUACUUCAUGUUGAAUGCUUAUCCUUAUUAUCAGUAUGUCCAAUCCCAAGGCAUAUUCCCGAUUGAGUAUGCCCUCUUCCAACGGCUUUCCUCGGUCAAACAGGUUGUUGACCCAAAUACCCUUUUCCACUACAACAGCAUGUUUGAUGCAAUGGUGGACGCUGCAUAUAAUGCUAUUACAUCCUUCAACUUCUCCGACAUCCCUGUUGUCGUGACAGAAACUGGUUGGCCAUGGUUUGGGGGGACAAAAGAACCUGAUGCCACUGUGCAAAAUGCUGAAGCGUUUAAUAAGAAUCUGAUCCAGCGUGUUUUAAAUGACUCUGGGCCGCCAAGUCAGCUUGGGACUCCCAUUAGUGCUUAUAUUUAUGAGCUCUUUAACGAGGACAAAAGGCCUGGACCUAUCUCCGAAAGAAACUGGGGAAUAUAUUUUCCAAAUGGGACUGCAGUUUAUCCCCUUUUGGAUGGUGGCGUAGGAAAAGGUUUUGAUAAUUCUUCUGCAGUUUUCUGUGUCGCAAAGCCAGGGGCAGAUCCUAAGAAGCUUCAGAGUGGACUUAACUGGGCAUGUGGGCCAGGGCAAGCAAAUUGCUCUGACAUUCAGCCAGGGCAGCCUUGUUAUUCCCCUAACAAUUUGCAAAACCUCUCUUCUUAUGCCUACAAUGACUACUAUCACAAAGCGGUUGGUAUGAAUGGAACUUGUGAUUUCGAGGGUACAGCAAUAAUAACUCAUAUAGACCCCAGUUAUGGGUCUUGCAGAUAUACUGGAAGCUCGAAUUUGAGUAUCAGUAGUCUCUUCCCGCCCACGCCAUUCGGACCUGUGGGCCCAGAAACUGCGGAAGCCUCUAGAAUGCUACUACCUCGCCAUCUCGGUAAAAUCUUAGCAAUACUUCUUACUGUGAUGUUGCUCAAGCCAAACGCGGAGUCGAGAUCUUGAUUCCAGGAGUGGUUUCGGGCGUAGGGUGUACACUAAUCAGGGGUCGAUUUCAGUAGAUGGUUGGAGUAGUAUUCCAUUCUUUUGCUACUGGGUUUUUCCCAGUUCUUCACAUUGGUAUGGCUGUGUUGUCCAUGCUUUGAUCUUUCAGGGGUCAUCUGCUUGUUUUUUUGGUAGUUUGGUUGUGAUUUCCCUUCUUCCUUCACCUGCUUGUUCUCUAAAGCCUCAUCCAUACCCUGAAUUGGUAAAGGGGGGCAAAGGGGGUAACAUCUAGUUUCCAAUUCUGGUAACGGCAAAAAGGGACCGUAUUGGUUUUUGAAUGUACCAAGGAAUAUCUACUUUCUAUCGACCCGUUUGAUAUUAUAGCUUACUUUAUCUCCUCUUAGUCUAUUGUCC